AUGUCUGAAGAUCCAUCAGACGACAGCCUCAGGAUGUUUGGGACAAAGGGGGGGCAGAAGUUCACAACUGGCCCAGCCAGAAUGAGCCUCUGCCAAGUGCUUGCUGUGGCUACCCUCUGGGCCUUUGGCCAUUCAGCCAUAGAACUGAAGCAGCCUCAAGUGUCCAUCACCAGUCAGGUGGGAACAGCGGCCCGGGUGACUUGUCAUGUUGCUGGCAUGCGGAACUUUGCUGUUGGCCAUGCAGCCAUAGAACUCAAGCAGCCUCAAGUUUCCAUCACCAGGCGACCGGGAACAGCAGCACGGGUGACUUGUCAAGUGGCCGGCAGUGAAAACUUUGAGGAUAUGCUCAUGUACUGGUACCAACAGAAGCCAAACCAGCCUUUACAGUAUCUGAUCUCUGUCCAAUCAACCAUUCCUCAGGUGGUUUUUGCAGCAGGUUGCCCUACAGUGGGAAACGUGAAAAUCUUCGGUGAGGGGACAAAGCUCAUUGUGACAAAGUCGGUUAUUCCAAAAAAACCACCAAAAUCCAUAAUUUUUCUCCCUACUUUCGAGGAGGUGAAACAAAAAAAAUCUGGGACCUACAUUUGCCUGCUGGAAGACUUUUUCCCCAAUGUCAUUAAAAGCUAUUGGAAAGAAAAUAAGUACUCACAGCCUCUGGAUGCACAGUUUGGCCCUAUCACUGGGAAUGGCAGCUCAUACUCACAAGUCAGCUGGUUGACGGUACCAGAAGACAGCUUGAGUAAAAACUUCACCUACUUCUACCAACAUGAGAAUACGGGCAUAGAACCCCAGGAAAUUCCUAUUGCUUCAGUUUGGAAAGAUUUUAAAAAUUCCUCUUCAGAAACAUGUAAGGAUAAAGACUGGACUAAAGGGCUCCAGGAGCUACAUUUUGCCAAUAUAUCGGCCUUUUAUACCUACACCAUUCUGCUUGUGAAGAGUACCAUCUAUUUCACCAUUGUCCUCUUCUUCCUGUACCAAAAGAAAGUGGUGAAAAUGCUUGGGAGCCAAAGGUCAAAGUAGGCGUGCUGAGAUGCCCUUAAGUUUCCUGGAGGGGAUGGUUUGUCUGCGUGUUCCAUUUGUCUUCUGAAGGAGGGGGGCAGUGGUCAUAGCACUGGUUCUCCUUACUUAUCUUUUGCUUAGCAAUGCAUCUUUGUUGUAACUUGGAAAAUGUAAACUGGUUUCUUUUAAUUUGUUGGACAAACGGGAAACUUUAGAUUGUAAGAAGUAGGUACUUUUUGGUGCUUUGCUCUAGAUAUCGACGCACCUCCCUGCUGAAGACUCUUCCUAAUAAAAACCGCCAAAACUCCUU